AUGGCGCCGAAGACUCACCCCUCCAUCGUUGACGGCUGGUUCCGCGAGAUCUCGCCGCAGUGGCCUGGUCAGGCUAUGACCCUCAAGGUCAAGCAGAUCCUCCACCACGAGAAGUCGCUCUUCCAGGAUGUCCUCGUCUUCGAGUCGGAGACGUACGGCAACGUCCUCGUCCUCGACGGCGCCAUCCAGGUCACUGAGCGUGACGAGUUCUCGUACCAGGAGAUGAUCACUCACCUGCCUAUGUGCUCGCACCCCAACCCCGAGCACGUGCUCGUCAUCGGUGGUGGUGACGGCGGUGUCAUCCGCGAGGCGCUCAAGCACAAGAGCGUCAAGAAGGUGACCCUCUGCGACAUUGACGAGGCCGUCAUCCGCGUCUCGAAGCAGUUCCUCCCCACUCUGUCCGUGUGCUACGAUGACCCGCGUGUUGAGGUCUUCAUCGGCGACGGUUUCAAGUUCCUCCCCCAGCACAAGAACGAGUACGACGUUGUCAUCACCGACUCGUCGGACCCCGUCGGCCCCGCCGCAGCCCUCUUCGAGGCCCCUUACUUCUCGCUCCUCCACGACGCGCUCAAGGACGGCGGCCACAUGUCGACCCAGGGCGAGAGCAUCUGGCUCCACCUCCCCCUCAUCCAGGAGCUCCGUGAGACGACCAAGAAGAUCUUCGCCGUCGCCGAGUACGCUACCUCGACCAUCCCCACUUACCCCUCGGGCUCGAUGGGCUUCCUCGUGUGCUCGAAGGAGCCUACCCGCCAGAUGGACAAGCCCCUCCGUGAGGUCCCCGACUGCAAGUACUACAACUCGGAGGUCCACACGGCUGCCUUUGUGCUUCCCGAGUUCGGCCGCGCCAUGAUCCAGGACAACAAGAACAUCCUCCCCGUCUUCGGCGGUGUCCGCCCUGGUGCCGCUUCGGGUGACGCUUCGGGCAAGAAGGUCCUCCUCCUCGGCUCGGGUCUUGUUGCCGCCCCCGCCGCCAAGUACAUCACCGAGCACGGCCACCAGCUCACGAUUGCUUGCCGCACUCUUGCCACCGCCGAGAGCCUCGCCCAGGGUCUCGAGAACGCCACGGCCGUCUCGGUCGACGUCUCGAGCCCCGAGGCUCUCCGCAACGCCGUCAAGGGUCACGACGUCGUCGUCUCGCUCGUCCCCUACACUCUCCACCGCUCGGUUAUGGAGGCUGCGCUCGCCGAGAAGGCUCACGUCGUCACCACCUCGUACAUCAACCCCCAGAUGCGCGAGCUCGACCAGCAGUUCAAGGACGCCGGCCUGAUCUGCUUCAACGAGAUUGGUCUUGACCCCGGAGUUGACCACCUUUACGCUGUCAAGAUCAUUGACCAGAUCCACCGCGACGGCGGCAAGGUCAAGUCGUUCUACUCGUACUGUGGUGGCCUUACCGAGCCGGCCGCGUCGGACAACGCUCUCGGCUACAAGUUCUCGUGGUCGCCCGUCGGUGUGCUCAUGGCCCUCAAGAACACUGGCCGUUUCCUCAAGGACGGCCAGGCUGCCCAGGUCGGCGGCGGCAAGGAGCUCAUGAAGUUUGCCCAGCCCUACUACUUCACUCCCGCGUACAACCUCGUCGCGUACCCCAACCGUGACUCGACCGUCUUCCGCGAGUUCUACGGCAUUCCCGAGUGCGAGAACCUGAUCCGCGGCACGAUGCGCUACGGUGGCUUCUGCGAGGUUGUCAUGGGCUGGGACGACAUGGGCCUCCUCGACGACGAGCAGAAGGACUACCUCGCCGCCGGUGCCGCCAAGAUGUCGUGGCUCGAGCUCACUGCCAAGCUUCUCGGCGUCAAGGCCGACCAGGCCGAGGUCGCCGCCAAGCUCCAGACCCUCCCCUCGGUCCCCAAGGACCAGGCCAAGAUCAUCCUCCAGAAGUACACUUCGCUCGGCAUGCUCGACGCCAACGAGCCCGUCAACCCCAAGGGCACCCUUAUGCGUACCCUCUCUGCCCUGCUUGAGACCAAGUGCCAGUUCCAGGAGGGUGAGGUCGACCUCGUGCUCCUCCAGCACACGUUCGAGGUUAUCCGCAAGGACGGGCGCGAGGAGACUGUUGUUGCGUCGCUCGAGGCUUACGGUGACCGCCACGGCGGACCCUCGGCCAUGGCCAAGCUCGUCGGUGUUCCUUGCGGUCUCGCCGUCCAGCUCAUCCUCGAGGGCACGCUCAAGGCGCCGGGCGUGCACGCGCCCUACGACGAGCCGACCGCCAAGCUCUUCCGUGACCGCCUCGAGGCCGAGGAGGGCAUCGAGAUGGUGGAGAAGGUCUUCUAA